AUGCGCGAUUUCGGAAGGGGUCCAUCGCGUGCACGACUUCGCUCCUUCAGAGGCUGUCCAACCUGUCGGAGACGCAAGGUCAAAUGCGACGAAAUUCGUCCUGCAUGUAGCCAGUGCUGCCGUGCUGGUAUCAUCUGCGGUGGCUACGAGGUUAAGAUUCGUUUCGUACACUUUACGCCUGAUGGUUCUACAUUGUCCGAUGACACAGGUCAGGCCGAGGGUGGCCAUGUCCGUCGUUUGCUCCUCACCGAGGUGGAGCAAGAGUCCAUGUCCAGGCAGAUGCAGGAACUGGUUCAGGAGCAUGAGCUUGACCAGGUGCUGAAUGAUUUAGAUACCGAUUGUGAGCUACAAAUAGACGGGCUAUACGAGCGCGGUCCAUUUGUUUUGUUCCAGGUGAAUAAUAAUAAUGAUUCAUUCGACGUCCCCGUCAGCCUUUUAUUACCACACGCGAGUCCUGUGGAUACAUAUUUAGGAUAUGACUCCAACUCUCCAGCGAUUGACUCAACCGCCAUAAGCACAGCGGACGUACUCAUGUCAAUGGAAGACAUACUCGUCGAUGUUAAUUCGCUUAGCGGUCUCAGUUCUGGUUUGAAUCUCACACAUGAGCCUGUAAAUGCCUCUUUUAUUACUAGCUCGUCACCAGUGAACAAUCUUCGACCCGCGUCGCCUUCUCGAUUUGAUUUUCGUGUCGGGUUUGACCAUGAUGGAGAGAUGGCGGCUUCGGUUCUCACCAAAGCACGCUUCCUUCUAGACCACUACAAGUCUCAGAUGGGAAAGCUAUUCUCUCCACUGAGGGUGCAGAAAUCACCGUGGAGCAUCUUACACUUUCCAAGUGCCCUCUCCGCUUUUUCUGAGUUGAGUAUCUUCAAGAAGACAACCCAUGCCAAAGCCUCUCUUUUUUACUCAAUACUGGCUGUCAGUGCCUUUAACUGGGAUAAAUUGGAUGUGGAACAAAAGGAAAAUACCACUUAUUGGUGGAUGACCGGAGAACAUUUUAAAUGCCUGGCGGAGAAGGAGCUUAAAUGGGCCUGCGAGUCCGAUUACUAUCUCUGUAGGGACCUUGAUGCAUCCUGCGGUGGAGACUUUGAGUAUGGGCUUUUUGGAGAGCCCAUGCAUAGAGAAAGUGACUCAAGUUGUGAAUUAUUCCGCUACAUUUAUGGUUUCCCACAACAGCUACUGUCCUUCAUCUCACGCACUACGUGUCUUGCCAAUGAAAUAAAGUUACUCAAGGAUAGAGAUGAACAAGUGACUGCCGAGCUUCAGAGUCAUUGCGAAGAGCUCGAAAAUGAAAUCUGCGAUUGGAAGAACGACGAAGAAGAUGUUAAUAGCAAUAUGGAUAUUGAAGAUUCUAUAUCGACGUCUGCUAGGCGUGCCAUUAUGUGUCACCUGGUCACGGCUAUGCACUCUGCUGUUAUCAUAUUCUUCUACCGAAGAGUACGCGGACUCCAUCCCCUUUUGCUCCAAUCAUACGCCGAAAAGACUAUCACAAGCCUUGAAUUGUUCGAGGAGGAAAUGCAUAAUUUUUGUCUUGUCAACUGCGGAAUUGUAUGGCCGGGCUUUGUUGCUGCCGCUGAAGCUCUAGAACGAGACCUCCAGGGAAGAUUUCACAGGCUUCUGAGAAAUUGUGCCAAAACAAGUGGGAUGCGAAACUUUGAUGUUGCAGCUGAGUUUCUGCAGGAUUUAUGGAGUCAAAGAGCAUGUAGUGACUCAAAGAUGACUUGGAUGGAGCUUGUCGCAAAUCGACAGGUAACACUAGUCAUGACAUAA